AUGAGGCAGAGGAAAAGGAAAAAUAAAGGCAAAGAAAAAGUGGAAGAGGUUACCAUUGACCAUGCAUUCAAGAGGUUUGCAAGAUUGAGCCCACCAUCAUUUGAGGGUUCUAUGGUAGACCGAGCUGGCGAGAAAUGGAUUGAUGAAUUAGAGUUCAUUUUCUCUAUGAUGACUUGCAUUAUUGAACAACGGGUCCGAUUGGCUACUUUCAAGCUUAAAGAUGCGGCAAAACAAUGGUGGGAAAGUGUUAAGCCUAUUGAUGGAUCUGAAUUGACUUGGGAGCAAUUUAAGAAGAGGUUCUUUGCCCACUACUUCCCGCUAACUAUAAGGGCAGCAAAAGAAGCUGAGUUCUAUAACUUAAGACAAGGCAAUAUGAAUGUUGAAGAGUUCAUAGCCAAAUUCAAUGAGCUCUCUAAAUAUUUCUUGUACUUGAGGAGUAAUGCUGAUGAAGAAUGGAAGUGUGAGCAAUUCCUAGACAAGAUGAGACCUGAGUAUAGAAGGCAACUGGCAGCUCAUGAUAUUGAUUCAUUUGAAGUCAUGUGUAACAAGUUCAGGGCUGUUGCUAGAAGAAGCUAG